AAGACACUCUCACUGCAACUGAGCCGGGGAAAUCAGUUUGAGGCCUAGCAUCAUUUAAACUUCCUUCCAAGGCACGAAAGCCAGAGGAGAAAAAUGAAGAUGUGCCGUUUUGAAAUGGUCACCAAGCUGCUGGCAGCCUUGAUUCUAAUGGACAUCUUCCAGGUGAAGGUUGAGAUGUUAGACAUGGCUGACAAUGCAUUUGAUGAUGAAUACCUGAAAUGUUCUAACAGGAUGGAAAUGAAAUACGUCCCCCAACUGCUGGAGGAGGAGAAAGCAAACCAUCAGCUCUUCCAGGCUGCGUGGGAAAAUGGCAAAACCAAAUGGGAAGCCCUGAAGACUCAGGUCUCUGUCCCUAGGAGUUUUAAGGAUAACCAUGGGAUAGCCUUAGUGGCAUACAUUUCUGCAGCUCAAGAACAAACUCCCUUUUAUCAUCUGUUCAACAAAGCUGUGGAGAUAGCUGGGAAAUCUCGGAAAGAGUAUAUCUAUGACUUCCAGUUCAAAGCUUUUCAUUUCUACCUGACCAGAGCACUGCAGUUGCUGCGAAGGCGCUGUGAAGAGAGUUACAAAGCCGUGGUGUACGCAUCAAGUCCGGACACCACCUUUACCUCUGCUGCUCUACACCAAGCCAGACUGGGCAACUUCACGCUGGCAUAUUCAGCCAAACCUCAGGCAGCUAAUGACCAGUACGUUGUGCUAACCAUCCAUACAUGCUUUGGAGUUGCCGUGGAGAAAUUUGUGGAUAAAAAAAGUGAAAGAAUUGUUUUAAUACCGUUGAAUGAGGUUUUUCAAGUGUCACAAGAAGGGACUGGAAAGAAUCUUAUCCUUCAAAGCACAAACAAGACCUGCAGCCAUUAUGAGUGCUCAUUUCUAGGUGGACUAAAAAGUGAAAGUUGUCUCAAGAAUCCAGAUGAUAUUCAACCCAUCUAUGUCUACAUCCCUGGUGAGGAAAGCCAGACGCUUGAAGAUGAGGAUAAGAAAAGUCUUGAAUCUACCGAAGCACCUGGAAUGACAGUUGCAGAACCUUUUCCACUACCUGGAAUAAAAGUGGUCCAUCCAGAUGAAAAACCUGGAGACAGAAGUCAAAUAAACAUCGACAAUCCUACAGCUGCAGGUCCAGUUCCUGUUCCAAGUCCCAAAAGCCAUCCCUCUGCAUCCUCCGGCAAAAUGCUCCUUCCGUUUGGGACAGUCGUCAUUUUACUCAGCGCUUCUGCUGUCAAUGAGCUCAUUUCCCCAUAGUUCGAUGGUUUUUUUUUUCGUUUUUGUUUUUUGUGGGGUUGUUUUUUGUUUUGUUUUUUGGUCUUACUCUUUAUUUGAAAUACACUAAGGGAUCCCAGUGGAGGUCAAUAGGAAUGAUGUGUUUUUCACUUGUUGGCCAAAGUCACUUCAUAAACUGAGAACUGUACAAUUUAUUUUGUCAUUCUGUAAGUUAGUCUGGCAUCACAAAAUUAAUUUUUCAUUUAUUUCUAUAUUAAUCUUAAGAUUGAAAAAGCCCAAACUGUAUA